AUGACGGAUGUUGCGACUCAACGUCUCAUUAAAUUCCGUCGUACUCAUCAAGAUGUUCCUGUUUUUGAUGUCAUCUAUGACGACUUAAUGGCACAACCGAUCGAUACCGUUCGUCGCAUCUACGAACAUUUCGGACUCCAAUGGUCGGAGGACUUCAGAUUAGCAAUGGUCGAAUGGCUUCGUGAAAAUCCGCAGGGUAAGCAAGGGCGCAAUACAUAUACACUUGAAGAAUUUGGUUUCACGCGGGAAUCAAUUGGCCAGCGCUAUAAAGAUUUGACAUUUACAAGAGAACGAUGGAUUCAACGUAUUUUUACAAAAUCUCUUUUUGCUUUAUGUUCACUUACAUUUUUCAAUGUUAACAAUUCAAUAAUAAUCAAAGAAUUCCUUCAAAAACUUCCUUCACCUCAUCAUUUACAUUAUUUAUCCCUAAAUUUCACUUGGAGUUAUGAUGCUGAUAUACAAGAUAUGAUUAGAACUAUCUUCAAAUUACCUAAUUUAAGGCGACUUGAAUGGUGGUCAUAUUGGGUUGAAGAAAGUUUUGGAAUAGUUGAUGAUCCAUCAUUGUCACUUGAACAUUUUUCAAUUGAUUGUAAUGAAAGCUAUCAUUUUUUACAAAUCCUUCCAUUUAUGCCGAAUUUAAUCACUUUAAAGUUAUCCUAUAAAUUUGAUAGUUUUGAUUUAAUAUCCGUUCAAGCAAACAGUUUAUCAAAACUGAAAAGUCUACAUGCUUUUAUUACUCCCUCCGGACAAAUCACCAAAGAUCCGAAGGAGAUGUGCGAAAUUGCAGCUGAUUUCUAUGAAAAUUUCUUUAGAAAAUCCGAUAUGUUAAGACCUCAUCCUUAUACUGAUUCUCCACUGGUGGAAUUUGAAAAUAAAGAUGAACCUAUUACCGAAGUAACAAUGGAGGAACUAACGAUUACUGUUCAAACAAAGCGAAAGAAGAAAUCCCUAGAUGCUCAUGGUAUUUCAAACUUUAUAUUCAAUUUCCUUAGUGAUGGUCAUUGGUCCUUACUGUUAAAACUCUACAAUUUUUCAUUCCAACAUGCGGUUUUACCUACCGCCUGGAAAGAUACUCGAAUGAUCCUAUUAGCUAAAAAAGAAUCUGUUUGUCCACCAUCAUCAACUCGUCCUAUUUCUCUGCUUGAUUCCUUUCAAAAAAUAGGAGAAAAACUUUUCCUAACGCGUUUUCGUGACGUACUUGCGCGUAGAGGAAUUCUUCCUGACAAUCAAUCAGGUUUUAGAAAUAGUUUCAGAUUACAAACACGUUUACUACUUUUUCUGGAAGAUAUAUAUAGUUUAAUUUCAAAUAGUGCACCUGUUUGUACUAUUUUUGUUGACUUUCGUGCAGCAUUUGACC